CAGAGGGAGAGGAAGAUUCAGUGGGAAGGAGCCUGCAAUCAAUUUUCUUCUCUCAUUUCUCUCUUAAAUACGAUAUAACGCCGUGUUGGGCAUUGCAGGAUUUCUCAUACUGAUCCCUAUAUCUGGAUUCUCAUCAUGUACGGGUUCGUCAACUACGCCAUCGAACAGCUGGUGGUGAGGAACUUCGGUGAUGAGACCUGGGAAGACAUAAAGCGCGAGGCGGAGGUUCACAUGGACGGGUCUUUCCUGGUGAGACUGACGUACGACGAUGAAAUUACGUACAACGUGGUGGCAGCUGCAGAGCGCGUUUUGGGAGUGCCAGCCAACGCGAUCCUGGAGAUGUUUGGGAAGAUGUUUUUCCAGUUCUGCCAAGAGUCGGGAUACGACACCAUCCUGCAGGUUCUCGGGGCCACCGUCAGCGGGUUCUUGCAGAACCUGGACGCCUUGCACGAUCACUUGCAACUCAUCUACCCGGGCAUGAAAGCACCCAGUUUCCGAUGCACGCAGAGGGACGAAGACGGCGCACUCGUCCUCCACUACUACUCGGAUCGGCCGGGACUCGAGUACAUCGUCAUCGGCAUCGUCAAGGCCGUGGCGUCCCAGCUGCACGGGACGGAGGUGGAGGUGGAGAUCCUGCGGCGGCGUGAGGAGGAGGACCACGUGCAGUUCCUCAUCACGGAGAAGGACACGCAGGCCAGAGUCCACAUCACCGACCAGAAGCAGGACCAUGAGCUGGAUACAGAAUCCAAGAUAAGUCCCCGGACCUUCUGCCAAGUGUGUCCUUUCCACCUGAUGUUCGACCGAGACCUGACGAUUCACCAGGCAGGCUUUUCCAUCGCCAGGGUCCUGCCGGCGGUCAGGCAGAAGGACGCCACCCUCGACAGUCUCUUCGAUGUGGUCCGGCCGCACAUGGGACUGACCUUCGAGAAUAUCUUGUCUCACAUCAACACCAUCUACGUCCUGAGAACAAGGGAAGCGCUCAUCACCACCCGUGGCGACAACCGUGACUUAGGCUCCGACCAGGGCUGCCUCAGACUCAAGGGCCAGAUGAUCUACCUUCCCGAGACGGAGCUGAUGCUGUACGUGUGCUCGCCCUCCGUCCUCAACCUGGACGACCUCUACCGCAAGGGCCUCUAUCUCUCGGACAUCCCCCUCCACGACGCCACUCGAGACCUCGUCCUCCUCAGCGAGAAGUUCGAGGCCGAGUACAACCUCACGACGAACUUGGAGAUUUUGACCGAUAAGCUUCAGCACACUUACCGCGAGCUGGAGAGCGAGCGACAGAAAACGGAUAAGCUCUUGUAUUCCGUCCUGCCCAUCAGCAUUGCCAACGAGCUCCGACAUAAGCGCCCUGUUCUCCCACGCAGAUACGAGGUGGUAACACUGCUCUUUUCCGGGAUCGUCGGCUUCUCUGACUACUGCUCGAGACACACGGACAUCGCGGGCGCCUCGAAGAUCGUCAAGAUGCUCAACGACCUCUACACGGCCUUCGACUGCCUCACGGACGAGAAGAAAAAUCCGAACGUCUAUAAGGUGGAGACCGUAGGUGACAAGUACAUGGCCGUCAGCGGACUCCCGGAGACCUGCGACCACCACGCGCGCUGCAUCUCCAACCUCGCCCUCGACAUGAUGGACAAGGCCGAGGGCGUCAUCGUGGGCGGCCAGAAAGUGGAGCCCCAGAACUACGACGCGAAAUUCGUGUUCUCGUACCGGGGCCCCGUGCCGAUGAAGGGGCGAAAGGAACCGAUGCAAGUGUGGUUCCUCAACAGGAGAAAACCCGGUGCCGACGCAGGGGCCCAAUAUCUCCAGGAGCCCCAGAACUACGACGCGAAAUUCGUGUUCUCGUACCGGGGCCCCGUGCCGAUGAAGGGGCGAAAGGAACCGAUGCAAGUGUGGUUCCUCAACAGGAGAAAACCCGGUGCCGACGCAGGGGCCCAGCAAUAGAGAUUUAGUUUUAGAUGUAGAGCUUAAUUGAGAUUGAGCUUAGGAAACAUUAGGUAGUCUCCCGAGAAAGAGAGAGAGAGAGAGAGAGAGAGAGAGAGAGAGAGAGAGUGAGAGUGAGAUUGAGAGUGGGAGUUCGGGGGAGAAUGUAUAUAAUUAAUGUCGAAAAACAUUUGACGUACUGUAUGUGAUAAUGAUAAAAAUAUAUAUAUAAUAGUGAGAGUUUGAAUGGUUACGAGAAGUGUGUCAAAUAGCUGGUGAUAUAUAGGAAAAAGUAAUUUAACAAAAUAAAAAACAUGUAGCAGUAUAUCCUACACACACGCACGCUGAGAGAGAGAGAGAGAGAGAGAGAGAGAGAGAGAGAGAGAGAGAGAGAGAGAGAGAGAGACAGAGAGAGAGAGAGACUAAUAGGAGCACGGGACAAUGCGUCUGGGAUGCGCAGAUCUUUUUCAUAAUUCAUAAUGUUGUCGGAAGAUAUGCCAAGACCUUUUUUUUUCAACAGCAUCCAGAUUGUGAGAAUGUAGAACAGUAAUAUGGGUAGUAACAUGGGCAAAAUCUGGGAGACCUAACAACUAAUGCCUACACUCAAAACAGCUAACAUCUCCAGUUCGAUUACACUGUACCAGGAUUCCAAGCCCAGGAGAUAAUAUGAUCCACACCGAACGAGUAACCACACACCACCCCUGUGUUCUUGCAGUAACCUACGCCUGUUUGCAAGACAGUCUUGAAUGCAGGAUCGAAGUUUGCAAAUACAGGAGGCUGAACAAUUAUCACAUUUCCAAAUGAAUGAUCUUCUCGGUGACGCGGGAGGUCGAUGGACAUCUGCAGUUGACUCUGUAACUGGCGUAAUGUGAGUGAGUUUGAGCUAGAGCUACGGUGAUUACACAUGAGCAUACGUUUAUAUUGCGGGUAUUCAUGGAAAUGACUCGGAAUGCAUAUUUGCAUAAAUAGACGUUAUUAGCAGAACUCAUUUAAAAUCCCGUCAUUUAUGGUAAUUAUAACUCGUCGUUUGGACCAUCACUGUUGGAUUUUCUUUUCAGUAUUUAUAAUUCCACAUGAUGUCUGUUACAGCACUUCCAUUUCUUGAAAAUGAAAUUAAAGGGGUAAUAAAGUAAAAAUCGGAAACCUAAAUAAAACAGCUAGUUCUGGUAUUCUACCAAGAGAGUGGCAGCGUACAUCUAAGCGAACCAUCAUAACUCGCUUUACCUCUCAAUAAUCAGCUAACAGACAACCGAUGGUAUCCGCCGACGCGAAUAAGCAAUUACAAAAGUAAGGUAAAGAAAUAAUGAAGUCUCAAAAAAUUAAAAUCCAAAUAUAAAAUACGCCAGCGUGUUGUUUCGGCGAGACUCAGCUUGGCCUCUCUGUCUUAGGACUGUCAGGAUUCCAAGUCGUUAAUUACCGCCAUUUUCUUUAGAGUAACAGUAAAUACAAAUGUUGGUAUUUAGAGAAUGCCUUUCUAGGCCAAUGAAUCUUUCCCAUUUUCGUAUUUCCAUAUAUAUAUAAAAUUUAUAAAUACGAAACACUGGACCAACUCCUAAAUCUUAAAAUAUAAACAAGGUACAGAAGAGAUGGGUCAAUUCCUUUAGUUUCAUAAAUAUAGUUAAAAAUACGGCGGGCCAAGAUUUCUCACUAAGGAUUCGAACAAGUGUCGUGAGGAGGCUUCAAAGCGGCCUAUUCGCACAGGAUCCUAGUGAACAUUUCUUACGUGCGCUCUGUUUCCGGGUUAUUUUAUGUAAGUUAGCAAUUCGUAACCGAAAACGGAAUACCUUCACAUUUUCCCCCGCAGUCCAAAUAAAAAUUUCUGUAAAUUACCGCAGCUACGAAAACGUGACGUCACUGUUUACCGCCGUCACAAAGCUGGCCUUGCAUGGCUGGCGGGCUCCCUCAGGUGCGCAUUUUAGGAGAACCGUUAGCGGGAAAUCUGCGCAGAUGGAUGUAUCCUCUUUCUCGAUGUUAAAAUGGUACAUAACUGAAUUUUCAAACGAUUUUGUAACGCGACAGCCAAAUUACGAUGUUACGUUAUGCGCAGAUGUUCGAUGGGAGGGUUCACCUGCCUUAUGCCGCCCUGUUGCCUUCCGCUCGUGCAGGUUCAUUUACAGCUGCUGGCGGCAAUGGGGGGCGGACUGCAUGCAGAUUUUGAUCACAACACCAUGGUGGUGAAGAGUGACAAGGCGUCUCAACUCAAUGCUUGUAUCCUGGAUAACUGAUAUUAUUAUAUGAUUAUCCUUCCUCAGCUCAAUGACAAUAUAUCAUAGCAUAACGAAACUAAAUUUUGAUACUUACAUUCAUACAUAAGAUAUCACUUAUCAGUCUCACAAUAUAUAUAUAUAUAUUGUGUGUGUGUGUGUGUGUGUGUGUGUGUGUGUGUGUGUGUGUGUGUGUGUGUGUGAGAGAGAGAGAGAGAAAGAGAGAGAGAGAGAGAGAGAGAGAGAGAGAAUAAACAACAAAAUAAAGAGAAUGAACAUUAUUAUAAUUUGUUAUAGUAAUGAACAAUAAUGCAUUUGCCUACAUCGUACAUCUGGAGAACCACACCAGACUGACACUGUAAAGAUUCCAUAAGAUUAUUGAUAAAGUUUCCACGAUGCCAAAGAAUAUUUUGAACUUAAAUGUACUUAGCAGAGCAUGGAUGAUGGUUUAGUAUAGGUGCUCUGAAUAUAUUUUUGUGUGACGAUGUAUAGCUGUUUUUUUGUUUGUUUUUUUUUCUCAUGAACAAAGAAUCUAUGAUGCUGAAAAUUAUAUUUAGAGUAAUGUAGUAUAUGUGUUAUUAAAGCAAAUAAACUGACAUUUGUUUGCUAGCCAAAGAAAUGCUACAUAACA